AUGGAGAUCGCAAGUACGGCAAUUGGGGUCGUCGGGUUGGCAGCCCUCUUUAAUACCUGCAUCGAGACGCUCGACACACUCUCGGCGGCUGCAAGAUACAGCGUCAAUCGCGAAAUUCUCCAGACGAAAAUAGAGGUUGAACGCCUGCGACUCAUGGUCUGGGGAGAAUCUGCAGGCCUGACAGAUAUCGACCCGAACAGACCCGAAGAUGAUACCGCUAAUGGCCUCGAUAUUCUCGACGAGUCCCUUCGAGGAGCUCCUUUGCGGCCAGCUGUGGCAGGACUUUUGGCUUGCUUUUCACAUUAUUUUAAAGAUAUUGAGCAACUCCGGAGUCGAUAUGGCCUGGUUGAACAAAAUGACGGCCAAGAAAAGCAAUCAACGCCGUUCUUGACCGAAGCACCAACACGGCAGAUGCUUCUCACUACCUUUAAGAAAACCUACACAAGAUUCCAACAACGUACAUCGAAUGUCCAGGAGAAGACAUCAACCUUGAAAAAAGCCAGAUGGGCUAUUACGGACGAACGCAAAUUCCGAGGCCUUGUUGCGGAGCUGAAAGCCAUCAAUGACUCGCUAGAUUCCCUACUCCCAGCGAUCCGAGAUAAGACGCGAGUGCAGAUGCGCACUGCCAUUAUGCGGAGCAAUGAUGUGGAUCAACUACAAAAUCUUGUCACUGCUGCUGACGAGGUGACAGAUCUCAUCGCCGAGACGGCGAGUUUGAGACUUGAGAUGCUGUCAACGAGGGGUCCACAGGGCGUCGUGAAGCCAACACCAAAGGUUGUGCAGGUCACAGCUCUGCCCAAAAAUUUGGCAGCUGAAGAAUUAAAUAAUCCACCUACACAGUCUUCACUAUUAGGGUCGAAGUCUGUAGUUCAAGAUCUAAUUGCUGGCACCGUCGCCGGUUCUCUCGACUCUCCUCCUGUGUGUACAACCUCUGCAGGCGAUCUUUAUGAUGACACCGGGGCAUUAGUGAUACACAAAGCCUACCAUAAGCCUAAUAGCAUAUCAUGCUUUUCAUGGCUUGUUGGACUAGGCGAGACUCCAGAACUAGCAGAAGUUCAGCCAGUUUCGGAUACAAUAUUCGGUGUGUCAUCGAAUCUGCUGGAGAUGGAAGUCGUGGGCGACAGAGAGUACGCCGGGUGGUCUCCUGGAUCAGUCUCCUUGACUGGAUUUGCUAGGGAGGCCACUUUCUGGAAAAGGUUACCAGAGCUGGAGAAGAGAGAAAAUCCUCCUAGCUGGCAGCGAGUCACCUCAAAGCAGCUUCACACAGACUUUAUUGACAAGAGGUGGAAGACACUGGUUGAGGAGGGACUUGGAGACAACUUUACAGACAGGAAGGGGUACGAGCAGGUGCGGGAGCUGAUCGGCCCUAGCGAGUACACAUGGCUCGAUCCAGAAGAGGCAUUCAAGCUGCGGCAUCAAAUUACCGACCUGCUCGGGGCCCUGAGCAGCUCAAUAUUACCCAGCUUCCAGGUGAAUGGUAGUAUUGCUCUUCUCGCAUUCUACGAGAAGAUUGAUCCGAAUUCGCGGUUUGGAUUUGCAGACUUUAUGCGACAAAUGCUUGUCGCGCGGGAGUUGACACUGCGCAUUCAGCUAGCCAAUCAAAGCUGGUACGGAGGGAUCACCUCCAGGGUUAUCUAUGACAUGAUAGCAGCUGAUCUGUGGGCACGAAACAUGGAGAUUAAACCUACUGGGGGUUAUGGGGUGCCUAAGUCUGUGCUUCAACGGCAGAUGAAUGGAAUUAUCAAAUUUGUCGAUGACAUGCAGUGGCCUUAUGCGGACGAGGUCCGUGAGGCAGCGAACCAUCUACUUGGGGCACAACCCCACGAAAUAAGUGUUGACGUGCGAAUUCACGACUGGAUGGGUGGGCUAGUAUUCCCAGGUGCUCACUUCCCGCUCAUUCUCGUUGGUGCUCUGUACAAGCUCUCGCCGACGUUGCGAGCCCACAUGCCCACCGAGACCGUCAAGGUUCGCGAAGGAAACUAUGGCAUUGUAUAUCCAGAAGCCUCAUACUGGCAUACCCGUUCUGUACUAGGCAAGGUCCUCGCGCCACUGUCUCGGGAGCAGCAAACAGGUCAUUGCAAGGUUCGUCGUUUAGGUGGUUGGAUUGGGCCAUGUCCUUCACCUUCCCUUCCGGAAUGCCGCCUUGGCCUCACUGUUUCUUUGUCGACUCGACAACCUCCCUUCCCUCCACUGGAACUGGACUCUGGCAUCGGAGAUACAGCAGAAACAACCUGGUCGAGCACGGAUGGGCAGGGUCAUAGCGGAGAGUGGAUGUUACCAACGGCCCCUGAACCAUCCCUUGAUACGGUCGCAGUUCAGACUAUUCGUCUAUCCAAAGCGCCGAAAGCUGAUUUAAGUGCCAAAGAUGCUGCUCAUUAUACGGCACGCAUUGACUUCCGCCUUGGACGCAGUGGUACCUUUGUUACAUUCACACUCUACACCAACAGUGCCUUCAUUGCCACCCCACCAUGUCGCGGCGUUCACAAGAUAGAUCCACGUGCGGCAGACCGUUACACAUUUGCCGCGAAAGGAAUCGAGGAGCUCCCGCGUAUCUCCAAAAAAGGCGAUGCCGCUGCCGAUACGACUAUUCUGGUUGUGAACGCUACGGGAGGACCUGCCAGUGAGGUAUUUGCGCGUGCGUGGUGCUGCCAUACGGGGACUAAUGCAGUGAUAUGGAGGCGUGAAGGGGGCAAGUGCUGCUUUAAGUGUGCACUGAUGGUUGCAUCCACCGAUGGCUUAGGAACAGAGGUCUUGAUUGCUUGCUAA